GUCACAAAUCUCUUUAUAUUUAAUAAACAUGCGAUAUGCGCAUAGAUGGAUGCCCAAAGAAACCAGUAUAACCACAAUACACAGAUACAGAAAGCGAUUCAUUUCUCUUUACACCAACAUGAAAAUCCUGAUAUUACCUUCAUCAUUUCACCAACCUGAAUUGAACCAAACUCUCAACAGAUUAUUGCCCGAAUCAUUACCGUACUCGAACAUGUAGAAGAAGAUUAGGCUCAACACGACAAAGCCCUCUUUGCAAGAAGACCUGCAUUAUAAGGAAGUGUCCACUGAGCAAACCCUUCGACUCUUCUCAUCAGUCGUCACACAAACACAAAAAAAAUAAGACCAACAAUGGCAUCAUCACCAUCCUUAUCGUCAUCCUUUUUCUAUGUUCAUGUUGCUCUGUCUCUGCUUCUUCUCCCUUUUGUCCCUUCACCAAUUCUCUCAGCGACUUUCCAAUCCGAUAUUAACGUCCUCGAAUCCAUUGUACGGAGCAUUGAUCCGAGCUCGAUCUCUCCACCCUCAUACCUGAGUACGUGGAACUUCUCGGAAGAUCCUUGUGAAGGUACAGGAACGUUCCUGGGGGUUAUGUGUUCUUUCCCGCUGGAUAAUACCACCAGUCGUGUUACAGAGAUCGAGCUUGACGAUGGCGGCUAUGAUGGUUUCCUGUCUGCUUCCAUUGGUAACCUUACAGAACUCACUGUCCUUAGCCUGAACGGGAACAGGUUCCGUGGCCCAAUACCAGAAUCCGUCUUCUCCUUGAGGAAACUCGUCCGGCUUUCUCUGUCAGAAAAUUUCUUCACUGGUGAACUAUCUGAGAGAAUCACACAUCUCAUGGAGCUCAAAGAGAUAGACCUGUCCAAGAACAGCCUUGCUGGUGCAAUCCCUUUCAGGAUUUCCUCGCUCAGAAGUUUAACUCGCCUCAGCCUUUCGGGCAACCAUCUCUCCGGGACAAUACCUGCAUUGAACGGAUUGUGGAAGCUACAAGUGUUAGAACUUGGUCACAACCAUCUCUAUGGAGCCCUGCCUAAGCUUCCGACGAGCCUGCAGGUUCUUUCCGUCAGCCAAAAUGGCCUAGCCGGACGUAUUUCCUCGUUACAUCGGCUCAAGCGGCUGGUAACGUUGGAUGUGAGCGAUAACAGAUUCUCGGGAACCAUCGGGCAUGAACUCCUCACGUUUCGUGAGAUCACCCUCCUUAAUGUGUCUUAUAACAUGUUCACAUCUCUAGAAGUGAUCAAAUUUACGGGCAGAGAGUCACGGCUGCGGAUACUUGAUGCCGAAGAAAACCAUUUACAGGGACGUCUGCCGGUUAACCUGGCCACUUAUGAAAGUCUAAGGAACAUCAAUCUAAGGAACAAUAUGUUCUCAGGUGGAAUUCCAAAGGUGUAUGGGGAAAGGCUUGCGAAUCCAUGGAGAACCCUAUACUUAGACAACAAUUACCUGACAGGAGAUCUUCCAGAGCAGUUCCUUAAGUUCUCGAGGUUGAUGAAAGGAAGCCUUUCAAAUAACUGUCUGGAAUGCCCAAGGAAUGUUACCGUCUGCCAAAGAGGACAAAAGCCAAAAAUAAGAUGCAUCAAUGCAAGGAAGAUGGCCCUUCGCUAUUAGAAAGCGAUAAUUACCAGAGUAAAUUAAGCUUUAUGUCCUUUGUUCCCCAUCUGAUCGAUGGUUAGGCGAAAUCAUAAAAGUAGUAAACCAAAAGCGAGAGAUGUAUUAAGACGCCAUUUUCUUCAGUAUAUUCAUGUUGAACCAGCAAUUGGUUUCAUAAAUACUAAUGGAAAAAGACCCACUUAACACUAA